AUGAAGCUCUCUGCUUUAGUAUGGCUGAGCGCUGGCCUGGCACUGCCGGGAAUGGCAGCUCCCACACCUAUCAUGCGUCGAACCAUAAGCUCAUCCCUUCUCGAUGAAUUGGAUUUGUUUGCCCAGUAUAGUGCUGCAUCAUAUUGCUCCGCCAAUCUCGACUCUACCGGCUCUGCUUUGGCAUGCUCUGCUGGCAAUUGCCCUUUGGUCGAAGCGGCUGAUACUACAAUUCUUUAUGACUUUGAUGAAUCGAACAGUUUUGGUGAUGCAACAGGUUAUAUCGCAGUCGACAAGACCAACGAGUUGAUAAUUCUUGCUUUCCGUGGUAGCAGUGAUCUUAGUAACUGGAUCGCGAACAUAGAUGCUACACUUACCGACCUCAGCAGUAUCUGCUCCGGUUGUGAGGUACAUAGUGGCUGGUGGAGCGCCUGGGGAACCGUGUCGAGUGCUAUUACGACCCAGAUAGAAUCUGCUCUUGGGACUUACUCAGGUUAUACGUUCGUGGCCACUGGUCACAGCCUAGGAGGCGCUCUGGCUGCUAUCGCGGCAACGGUUUUCCGCGCCUCUGGAUAUACCGUUGAACUGUACGAUUAUGGACAGCCUCGUAUCGGCAACUUGGCUUUGGCAACGUACAUUACUAACCAAAACCAAGGAAGCAACUAUCGCGUUACACACUCGGACGAUAUCGUCCCCAAGCUUCCUCCAAAAUUUCUAGGGUACGACCAUUUCAGCCCGGAGUACUGGAUUGCUAGUGGAGAUAAUGUGACCGUAACGGACUCUGACGUUGACGAGGUUGUCGGUAUUGAUUCUACUAAUGGCAACGACGGGACUUCUGGCGAUAGCACUAGUGCUCAUAGCUGGUAUAUCAUUGAUAUAUCAGCUUGCUCGUAA